GAACAGAUUAACCCACCAUGACUCUCUCCAACAUCCUCUGCAUCAAAGACCUCGAAGAGGCGGCAGCCCCCGUCUUGAGCAAGACUGUCCGCGAAUACUUCAACGAAGGAUCCGAAUCCGGUCUCGCGCUGCAAGGCAACAUCUCCGCCUUCGACCGGUACAAGAUCCGCCCGCGCAUUCUGCGCGAUGUAUCCCAGAUCCAAUCCCAAAAGCCGCUUCUGGGCUCGUCGUCGCCAUUCCCGCUCGUCGUUGCGCCUUCAGGAAUGCAGUGUCUCGCGCAUCCGGACGGCGAGAAAGCAACGGCCCGUGCCGCAGCAAAGGCCGGCAUCCCCAUGGGUGUGUCGACAUAUGCUACGACUUCGCUAGAGGAUGUGAAGAGGGCGGGUGAUGAGGUUGGGCCUGGGAAUACGUAUAUGCUGCAGCUUUAUAUCUUCAAGAACCGGGCUGCGACGGAGAAUCUGGUGAAGCGGGCGGAGAGGGAAGGGUAUAAAGCUGUGAUGCUGACAGUGGACACGCCCAGGCUGGGGAACCGGUAUAAUAUGAGUCGCAAUGGGUUUGGGCUGCCGAGUCAUCUGUCGCUGCCGAAUUUUGGGGAGACCAAGGUUGGGCCGAUGGUGCAGCAUGUUCUUAAGAAUGGAGAGGUUGUGGAGGAGCCGAAUGAGGCUGAUGAUGCGCUUACGUGGGAAGAGUCGUUAUUGUGGCUGCGGUCGAUUACGAAGAUGGAGAUCUGGUUGAAGGGGGUCAGUACAGCGGAGGAUGUCGAGAUUGCAGCUUCGUCUCCAGCCAACGUCACCGGGAUCAUUGUUUCAAAUCACGGCGGACGACAGCUUGAGUCUGCACUGCCGACACUAGAUUCAUUACCGGAGUGUGUUGAAGCUGCGCGGAAGAGCAAGAACAUGCAGGUCUGGGUGGAUGGCGGCAUUCGCAAGGGGAGCGACAUCUUCAAGGCCGUAGCCUUGGGAGCAGACGGCGUCAUGAUCGGCAGGAUUCCUCUCUGGGGUCUGGCGGUUGCAGGAGAGCAGGGAGUGGCCAGGGGAUUGGAGAUUCUUCAGUCUGAGUUUAUACACACCAUGGCCCUGGCUGGAUGCAGGACACUGGCUGAUAUCACGCCAACCAGCCUGGCGAAGCUGGACAGGGGUGGAUUUUACGCACGAUUGUAGAUAAUAGAAGUAAUACGUCAUUUUAUAUAUAGAAUUAUUUUGGUUCACCC